AACCUGUCAACCUGUCAUGCUUAGAGCCUAAUCAUAAUUAAUAAUUCAUAAUCGUAAAAUUAAUAAGGAUAUACAGGUUUUGAAAAUAUAAUGAAGAAUCUUAGAGUCGUGCUUUAGUUAAUGAAAAAUGUCAAAAGGCGGGGUAACCACAACCGCAGCCCUGUGGCUCGAGGUUUAUAUAUACAGUCGUAUCGUCGUUUAGUCCCAAAUUCAGUUAGACUCUCCAGAGAGUAUCAUAUUCUGUAAAAUGUGGACAAUUUUCUGCUUGGUUUUACUUGCUUGUAUGUCGAUUUGGACAAAUGUAUCAGGUCAAGAGUACUUACCGCCGAAAAUCGGCGGAGGAAGUUCCAAGAAAUCAGCACAAGAGCCUACGUUACCAGCGAAUUAUGACUUCUCUUAUGAUGUGCAAGAUAAUGCAGUAAGUCUUGACUUUGGCCACAACGAAAAGAGAAAAGACGACCGUGCGACAGGCUCAUUCCAUGUGUUGUUGCCCGAUGGUAGAAUGCAGUUGGUCGAGUACGAGGCUGGACCAGAUGGGUAUAAACCUCAGGUGAUGUAUAUGGGCACAGCGACAUUCCCUCCAGCCAGUACGGGUGAUAAAUUCGACGGCUACCACUACAACGCUGCGUCGAACCGUCAGAGCGUGCGGCAGGCGGCGCCGCGGGGCUCGGGCAGGCAGUCACCGCCCGCGCCGCCGCCGGUACCAUCGCCGCCCCUGCUACACGCCGCUUCUAGCAAUGCUACCCUAUGAUCAAUACCAAUAGCCUUCAAACACAUGUUCAGUAUUCGUCACUCGUCAACGCGGACGCUAUCUGUAUUACAUCUACAUACGUAAUUCAAUAUUAAAAAGAAAAAAACAUCAAAAUUUAGUAUGGCCCAACGCAUGAGUCUGUGUUUUCGAUUAUAAAAUAAUCACACAAAUUAUAUCGCGUAAUGUAAUCGUACAAAUGUACAGCGAAAUUGAGUCUGUUCUUUUUUAAAUUCAACUAAAAAUGACGUAGACUGAAAAUGAAAAAAAUUUCGUAGCCUAGGUAAGCAUGCCUCACUCUGUAACAAUUCGCUUAUACCUAAAUUGUUAUGUGAUUUCUCUAUGUAGAAUGUUAGACCUCUACGAUUUCUGUAUUUAGUAAUUUAGGUAUAAGACGUUGAAUAUACCUGUCAGGAUUUAAAAAUAAAUUAUUGUUUUAUUUUUCAUCUAUCAUAAUUUUCUCAAGAGACUAGCUGUAUCCCAGAGAUUUGCUUGCGUGAAUCAGUAUAUAUUUA